GAACGACUGAGCGAUUACGAAACAAAACGAUCGAAUCUAUACAGUAUUGAACGCUUGAAGGAUCGCUUGGUGAAUGCGCAGCUAGCGGAUCCGGCAACAAAGCACAGAACGAGGCGUGCCGUUUCCGAAAUUGGGAAACGUGUCAGCAUGAUCAGAGGUUUACUGCGUGAUCGAAAAUCGGAAGUGGAUUGUGCUGUAGAAGCAGCUAAAGCGUUCCAGGAUGACUUGAACAGACUGAGCAAAUUCUGUGAAAAAACCGAAAAAGCUAUUCAGUUAGUUGAAAAUGCAACAAUUUUCACUCCAUCUGGUACUGAUCUGGAUUAUGUUCGUUCCCAAGAAACAGAAACUGACCAGCUUGCGCGUGCUCUGCAAACUCGAUGGAAUGAUGCUUGCUCUAAGGAGCCAUCGCCAGAUGCCCGCUUGAAAAUUGUUAGUUUUACAGUUUGUAUGCCAAAUUCUCCCUUUCUUUUGUGCAAAAAAGUCUUCUGGAAUAUAGAAAAUCAGUGA